AUGAGCACAAAGGACGACCUCGAGAAGGUCGAGAAGAUCGAGACGCCCUCGACGAUCGCGAUUCAAUCCCGCCUCUCCAAAGAGGAGCGAGCCCUCGUCUGGCGACAAGAUCUCCGCAUCCUCCCGCUGUCCGCCGCCAUUUAUUUCCUAUGUUUCCUCGACCGCGCAAACAUCGGAAAUGCCAAGAUCUUGAAUUACACCACCGGAAAUGACCUGCUCACCGAGACCGGCAUGCGCAGCGAUCAAUUCGUCUACACACUGCUCAUCUUCCUCAUCGCCUACGGCCUCUUCGAGGUCCCCUCCAAUAUCCUGCUCAAGAAAUUGCGACCGUCGCGAUGGAUCGCCAUCCUCAUGUUUACCUGGGGCGCGUGCACCAUGUGCCUGGCCGCCUGUCAUACAUUUUCGCAAAUCUUAGCCGUGCGAUGGUUCCUCGGCGUCGCAGAGGCCGGUCUUUUCCCCGGUCUGGUAUAUUACCUGACGUUCUGGUACAAGCAUAACGAGCGGAGUCUUCGCGUCGCUCUUAUUCUCGCGAGCGCGACCUUGGCCGGUGCCUUUGGGGGAGCCAUCGCCUACGGUAUCGGCCACAUGAACCAAGCCAAGGGCCUUUCCGCCUGGCGUUGGCUCUUCCUCCUCGAGGGUAUCCCUUCCGUCAUCUCCGCGAUCCUAGUUUGGUUCUUCCUUCCAGACUUCCCCGAAAGUGUGUCCUGGUUGUCGCAGAAGGAAAAGGACAUCGCCGUCGCCCGUCUGGAGACCGAGGGCAGCAACAGCGCCGAAAAAACAAUGACUUGGGCUGAUGCAAAGUCCACCUUGAUGGACUGGAGGCUGUAUGGGCAUUAUGUCGCUUACUUUGCUGUCUCGAUUCCCUUUGCUUCCAUGUCGUACUUUACGCCCUCCAUCACGACUGGCCUCGGUUACGUUGAUCUCCAGGCCCAGCUCAUGACGGUACCUCCUUGGUGUGUCGGCUACGUCAUCCAAAUCAUCGUUGCUUGGUCUGCCGAUUACUUUAACGCCCGCGGCUUGCACAUUGCUGGCAUGGCCAUAGUUGGAGCCCUCGGCUACAUCGUCUCGGCAGUUCUGCCAGCCACGGCCUAUCGCAGCCGUUACGGCUGUUUAAUCCUCGCACUUACGGGGGCGUUUUCUACCAUCCCUCCGCUUCUGGGGUGGCUGACCUCCAAUGUCGUCAGUACGGCCUCGAUCGGUCUCGCCAUAGCCAUCAAUGUCAGUCUUGGUGCUGGGUUUGGCCAGAUUGGAGGAAUUUGGAUCUACAAGGAUUCGGAAAAGGUGAAAGGGUAUCCUUCGGGUCACUGGACGAAUGCUGCCAUGAUGCUAGUCGUAGCUGUCACGGCAGUUGCGCUGAGGAUUUACUAUGGUUUGGUGAACAAGCGUCUGUUGCGGGAAGCGAAUGGGCAGGAAGUACGGUUGUAUAAGCUAUAG